AUGGGUCGUGGAAAGAAGACAGCAAUACCAAUGAAGGCGUCUACGCCCAUUACCAAUCGCAAUAACAAAGGAACAAACAAAAGGACGUCAGGUGUUUCACUGAAGAAGCAGAACAAACAGCAGGCACAAAAGCAGACUCCGAUCAAGAGCUUGAAAAAGCCCGUAGAGGUUGUGAAGCAGCUCGUGAAGAGUGAAUAUGAGAAAGAGAAAGAUGAACAAGUAGAAUAUGAAGAGAAUAGUGAGACGGAGGAUAGUGAUGAGGCAGAAGAUGAGAAGGAGGAUGACGAGUUUGAAGACCAGGGAUCGUCGUCCGAGGAUGACAGUGAUGGUGAAGAAGACGAUGAUGCAGAGCUCACGGAGUUGGAAAAGAAGACGCGUCAUUUUGUUGUAGAUCGGGAAAAAGAGAUACAAAACAUGCGUGUAGACGGGUCUCUUGCAGUGGCAUCGCAGCUGCAUGUUGACGACCUAUCGUCGGAUGAUGAGGAAAAUAUCAACACGAUUGGCAACGUUCCGCUGCGGUGGUAUGAAGACUAUGACCAUAUUGGUUACAAUGUGGAGGGUAAGAAGAUAAUGAAGUCGAACAAUGGCGAUGGCAUUGACAAUGCAAUUGCUGCGAAAGAUGAUCCCAACUACGACCGCACAGUGUACGAUGCAUACAACGACCGCAAGAUCGUUGUUUCAGACCGCGACAUGGAAAUUAUCCGUCGUAUGCAGGCUGGCGCAUUUGCACAUCCAGAGUUUGAAGCUUACCCGGACUAUGUUGACAUCUACUCGUCAAACAAAAUGAUUCAUUCUAUGGGCAACGAUAUUGAGCCAAAGAGUCGAUUCUUGCCUUCAAAGUGGGAACGUAUGAAAGUGAUGAAGAUCAUGAAGGGUAUCAAGGAAGGUCGCAUCAAACUUGACAAGGAUCCUGAGAAAAAAACCGAGGUUUACCAGAUGUGGUUUGACGAUGACCAAGCGCAAACCCGUAAAGGUCCAGCAAACGUGCAGGCUCCAAAGAUGCCGCUUCCUGGGCAUAUUGAAUCAUACAAUCCUCCAGACGAGUACUUGUUCACUAAGGAAGAGCGUCGUGCUUGGGAAGAAGCCGAGCCGGAGGACCGUGAGACUAAUUUCAUACCAAAGAAGUUCAAGUCGCUUCGUGAGGUGUGCGGCUACAACGGUUUUGUGCGUGAGCGCUUUGAACGGUGUUUGGACCUGUACUUGGCGCCUCGUGUUAACAAGCGCAAGCUUAACAUUGACCCAGAGUCACUCGUACCAGAGCUGCCAAAACCGCAAGAUCUACGUCCGUUCCCCAACACGUUGGCUCUUAUCUUCACUGGACAUACCGGCCGUAUUCGCUCGCUCGCUGUGGAUUCAUACGGCCAAUAUGUGGCUUCUGGCUCGGAUGACUCUACUGUGCGUAUCUGGGAGCUGGAGACUUCACGCUGUUUACAAGUGUACAACGUUGGUGCCGUGGUGCACAAGCUGACGUGGAACCCAAACAAGGAUCACCAGGUGCUUGCUGUCGCGGCUGCCAAGAAGGUGUUUAUUAUUGCUACUGGAACGGGUAGCGCUGACCAAACAGAACUUACUAAUGCUCUCGUUGGCGAUGCUGACGAUAGCAUUCAAACGACUGCUUCGAAGGAUAGUACGGUAGAUACCAUGGAUGGUGAUGUCCAGUUUGUGGACGAAGAUGAGGCCUCUGUGGAGGCUGAAGCGCUGAAGAAGAAGGUACCUGUAACUUGGCGGUUUUAUAGUGGAACGAAGGACAAGCACAAGUCGAAAAAUGCUGCUGAACGGCCGUGGCUUGAGCGUCGUGUAGGCACUGGCGUUCGUGUUGUGCUGCAUCACACGAGUGACGUGAAGGACAUAGCGUGGCAUUACAAAGGGGAUUACCUUUCCACAGUCUCCCCUGGCGCUGGAUCAGGAGCAGUGCUGAUCCAUCAGCUCUCAAAACGGAAGACUCAAAACCCAUUCCAGAAGAGUGUAGGCCAAGUGCAGUGCGUUCUGUUUCACCCGUCCAAGCCUUUCUUCUUCCAUGCUACUCAGCGCCAUGUGCGCGUGUACAACCUAGUAAAGCAGUCAAUCGUUAAGAAAUUGUCAUCAGGUGUCAAGUGGAUCUCGAGUAUGGCCGUACACCCGAACGGUGACCACUUGCUUGUGGGUAGUUACGACCGAAGAUUGUGCUGGUUUGACCUGGAUCUGUCCUCGACGCCUUUCAAGACACUCAAGUAUCAUGAGAAGGCUGUGCGUGAUGUGUCAUUUCACGCCAAGUACCCGCUCAUGGCUUCUGCAUCGGAUGACGGCACUAUCCACAUCUUCCAUGCUAUGGUCUACUCGGAUCUAAUGAAGAACCCACUGAUCGUGCCGCUAAAGAUCUUGCGCGGUCAUGAAGUUUCUGGUGGUCUUGGUGUCAUGGCCCUGGCUUUUCACCCUGUUUUGCCGUGGAUUGUUACUGGCGGCGCUGAUGGGACUAUUCACCUAUUUCAGAAUAUUCAUUAA